GUUCAGCUCUGCCUGACCAGUGGUUGACUCAGUGUAGCAACAUCUCAUCACAUUGCUGAAACAUAAUUGUCUCUUGAUAGCGUUUGAGUCUUGGGGAAAAAAGGCAGACGUUCUCUGUGUACCAUAACGCUUUCCGCGCACCACCGUCGUUUGUCCUCAGACUGCUCUCAUCUGUAUAUCGGUCUAGUUUUAGCUUUAGCCAGGUAGCUUCAGGUAUGGCUGAGGUUCCGGGAACGUCAAGUGAAACGAUAACGGAGACCGUGCAGACAAGCACCCCGCCGCCACCCCAGCAAGAGGGACGUAGCCUGACAAUCAAGUUGAGAAAGAGGAAGACAGAGAAGAAGGUGGAGUGGUCCAGUGACACAGUGGACAACGAGCACCUGGGGAGGCGGUCAUCAAAAUGUUGUUGUAUCUAUGAAAAACCUCGACAGUUUGGCGAAUCCUCCUCUGAGAGUGAUGGAGGGGAGGACGAUGAGGGGUGUGGCAGUGCUCACUGUAUCUUAGGUCAUGGCAGGAGGGAUCACAGUCACAGAAGAGACCAGGAACCCACAGCGCCCACAAAUUCUGGAGGGUCUAAUACCCAUUAAACCACGAGGAGCCGGAGCUGUGCACAAUCCUUGGAGCCUGGGCAACAAAGCAGAUAUAUUGACACACUGAAUCAUACAAAGAGUGAAGGGCAAGUGUUGGGUUAAAAACAAAAUGACAAAAAAAAGACAUUGAGUGUUUGUCAUGUUGGUGCGGAUCUGCAGACUGACCCGGACCGUGAGCGCUUACCAGGUAAAGAUGCAUGACUGCUGACUCAGGCUUGGUUCUCAGCUGUGAGCAGAGUUCCCCUUCAUCACCAUUCUUCGUACAGCACUGGUACCACGGCCUCCACAUCUGCAGUUCUUCUCCACUCCUGUAUUCACUGGGUGACAUGGCUCAUGUGCUGCUAUUGCACUUUCAAGUAUAUACUAUUAAGCUUAAUGCGUGCAGUUUUAAUGUGAAUUUCAGUUCUGAACAGUGAGGAUACUGGCUCUAUGCUCGUCGAACAGUUGUCACUUGUUAAACUAGGGCUCUCCCACGACUCUAGUUUUUGAGCUUCUCCAACAUAGUUCAGUCAACAACAGAAGCAUCUAAUAGUUGGCAUGGAGAUGUUUCAGUGCAUUUUCGUGUUGUUUUUGCAGGCUAGUGACAGGAGUCAGAGGCAUGGCAGGUCAGGUACCCCUCUCAUGUAUACGGAAAUUGAAACAUUUUAAUUUAAAACUGAUUUGUUGACGUGACUAAAUGUGUUUGAUCAGAGGUUCAGAAAGAACAUUUCAUAUCGGUAGUUCGAAUCGUCUGAUUUUUUUACACGUGUGAAGCAGCAUUUCAACUUCUUUUUACCGUUGACGCUUCUGAUGUAACGUUGCCAGAAUAAGUAAUAAAGAGUAACUGAAGCUACAUUAACUGGUCUGUUCUAAUUGAAUGGGGUUGUAAAUUGUCAAACCUGCUCAGUUAUGUUGGAUUUAACAUGUCAGAAUGCAAUCUGUUACUGCAGUUAGUCAAUGUGUUAUGUACAUACAAAAUAAAUA